AUGGCUUUUUGGGGGUUGCCAACGCUCCUAAUCAAGGUUGCGAUCGGUGUACUUUUACUUCGAUUUAUAAUCAUCUACUCCCAUCGCUGGUUUCUCAACGCACUCUCUCACGAACCAGGACCCUUCAUCGCAAAAUUCACCGACUGGUACGGCGCGUAUCAUAGUGCUCUCGGCCAACUUCACAUCCGCACACUGGAAGCGCAUAAACGCUAUGGAUCUGCAUUCCGCGGAGGCCCCAACAAGAUGGUGUUCAACACGGUCACCGCUUUCCAUGCUCCUGGGGUCUUCAACAUCCACACGGCUAUCGACAAAGAGCUGCACAGGUUCAAGCGCCGCAUGAUCAGCCAAGGGCUCUCGGACCCGUGCAUGCGCGAGUUCGAGCCCAGCCUGCUCGAGCACGUGGACAAAUUUGUCCGGAACAUUGCACGAGCCGCCUCGGCACAACCAGGGCAAUGGUCGGCGCCGGUAAACAUGUCGGAGCAGUGCAAAUAUCUCGGCUUCGAUAUCAUGGGCGAGUUCGGCUUCGGUCAGUCUUUUGGCUUGCUGGACGGCCCCACGAACCGCUUCUUGAUCGAUGCCGUGACAGCAGCAAGUCACCGGUCGGCGGUAUACGGCCAGUUUCCUGAUCUCGCCAAGGUCAAGUUGGAAAAGAUACUGUACCCACGCGCCUCGUCCAUGCGCAUGAAGUACAUGACUCUGAUGACCCGGCUCCUGCGCGAGAGACUGGAGGCUGAGGAAGACGGACGCGCCAAGCGAGACCUAUUCUCCUUCAUCGUGCACGCCACCGACGAGGAGACGGGGCGGAGUUUCUCGCAAGCCGAGCUCUGGUCUGAGGCACGAUUCCUACUGAUCGCGGGGUCAGACACCACCUCUACCGGGCUCACGGCGCUGUUCUUCUAUCUCUCGAGGUAUCCGGAGUGCUAUGACAAGGUUGCACGGGAAGUGCGCAGCACGUUCCGCUCUGGACACGAGAUCCAUUGCGGAUUGAACUCAAAGAUGCCACAGUGCGUCUAUCUACGAGCUUGUAUCGAUGAAGCGAUGCGCAUGACGCCUCCUGCGGGAGGAGUCCUGUGGAGAGAGGUCUCUAAAGGUAGCGGUGGUAUUGUCAUAGACGGCCACUAUGUUCCAGAGGGCUGUGACGUAGGGGCCUCCAUCUACUGCGUCCAGCACAACGAAGAGUACUUCCCGGACUCGUUCUCUUUCUGUCCAGACCGCUGGAUCGUAUCCGAGGGCAAUCCCAAGGAGAAGAUAGAGUUGGCGAGACAGGCUUUCGUACCGUUUUCUCUGGGACCGCGCGGGUGUCCAGGAAAAACUAUGGCUUACAUGGAAUUGAGCACUGCGAUGGCGAAAGCGCUGUGGUACUUUGAUUUUGAAGCUGCAGAUGGGGAUCUCGGCGUUGUUGGUGCCGGGAAGCUCGGCGGGCCCCCGGGCAGACAACGUCCGAACGAGUUUCAGCUCAUUGAUCACUUGACUAGUACCCACGAUGGCCCAUACAUAAAGUACAAGCUACGUGAGGACGUCUCGGAGCUCCUGCGGUAG